AUGCGCCCCGGGCUCGAUAAGCCGGGCGCACUGCCUCUCCUGAUAGUGUUGAUCUUUUCGCUACUCACUCUGGCACCCUCAUUGUCGAAUAUCUAUAAUUUGAAACUGACCGAUUUCUCAUUCAACACUCAUGGAGCUCGACAUAUGCCACUCAUCAACGAACCUGUCGCUGAAUUCCCCUCGGACAUGCCACCGAUCAGCUAUUCGGCCUCGUGGACUAUGACGGCGCAGUAUCGGCCGCGUGGGAAUCUCCUGUCGCGUUCUGUGCGCUCCGGAAACAACGCGCCGACACUGUCCGGCGAGCUCGCUUCCGUCGAGAACAAAAGCGAAUUAUCACAUGGCGCGGUAGACUCGUCGUUCAUGUUUAGCCGACGGGCUCGCGCUUUUCGAACCUACUUCAUCCAGCAAUUAGAUGACUAUCAAAUCUUCACCCCCUUUUCGAACCGAAGCCUCUCUCCCGAAACCGCACACCUCGCCCCUACCACCCCCCCUUCUAAUCUCGCUCCUCGACCGACCUCUCUUAACGAACCCUCCUCCGGAAAUAAACCGCAUUUGAAUAAUGAGCCGACCCCCUCAGACAUAUCACCAACAAACUGGCCGGGACUGCAGCUCUCACCUUUGUUCGGCAUGUGGCAGCAGGCCUGCCGCGCUGCAACCAGGUUUUGGAGGCUUGGACCCGAGUCUCUAGCCCAAUCUUCCAGUAUACCUUGGAACUGGGACUGGUCCUCUAUCGAAUCUCUCGCGACCAGUGACAAAAAGAAUCCGACUCGCGCAGCUAUAAUGCCCCAACCGCAAGACCCGCAAGCACGGGCCAACGCGACCUCAAAUCAACCCGCGCAAACCUCAAAACCAAACACAUUCUCCCAUAACGAGACCACUGAUGCUGCCAUUCGAACGGCGCCUGAGCUAAAGGGUAGCUGUAUGGCAGUGGUUAUCGGCUUGGUUGUCGGAAUUAUGUGGUUUUAG